GUGAUCGCGUCCAUGACAGUGGGUAAGGAUGUGUCGGCUCUGUUUCCCGACGUGGUCAACUGCAUGCAGACAGACAACCUGGAGCUGAAGAAGCUCGUCUAUCUCUACCUGAUGAACUACGCCAAGAGCCAGCCGGACAUGGCCAUCAUGGCCGUCAACACGUUCGUCAAGGACUGCGAGGACAGCAACCCGCUGAUCCGCGCGCUGGCAGUGCGCACCAUGGGCUGCAUCCGCGUCGACAAGAUCACCGAAUACCUGUGCGAGCCCAGAAAGUGUCUGCUCGACGAGGAUCCGUAUGUGCGCAAGACGGCCGCCGUGUGUGUGGCAAAGCUGCACGACAUCAACGCCUCGCUGGUGGAGGACCAGGGCUUCCUGGACCAGCUGAAGGAGCUGCUGUCCGACUCGAACCCCAUGGUGGUGGCUAACGCUGUGGCGGCGCUCACUGAGAUCAACGAGACCCGCAGCGGCAACCCGCUGAUGGAGAUGAACGCGCAGACCAUCAACAAGCUGCUGACGGCGCUGAACGAGUGCACCGAGUGGGGCCAGGUGUUCAUACUGGACAGCCUGUCCAACUACAACCCAAAGGAUGAGCGCGAGGCGCAGAGCAUCUGCGAGCGCAUCACCCCGCGUCUGGCGCACGCCAACGCCGCUGUGGUGCUGUCGGCGGUGAAAGUGCUGAUGCGCUUCAUGGAGCUGAUGCCGUCCGACUCAGAGUUCGUGACCAACAUCACCAAGAAGCUGUCGCCGCCGCUGGUGACUCUGCUCAGCUCUGAGCCGGAGGUGCAGUACGUGGCCCUGCGCAACAUCAACCUGGUGGUGCAGAAGCGGCCCGACAUCCUCAAGAACGAGAUGAAGGUGUUCUUCGUCAAGUACAACGACCCCAUCUACGUCAAGCUGGAGAAGCUGGACAUCAUGAUCCGUCUGGCAAACCAGAGCAACAUCGCCCAGGUCCUCUCCGAGCUGAAAGAGUACGCCACGGAGGUGGAUGUGGACUUUGUGCGGAAGGCGGUGCGCGCGAUCGGCCGUUGCGCCAUCAAGGUGGAACAGUCCUCGGAGCGCUGCGUCUCCACACUGCUCGACCUGAUUCAGACCAAGGUGAACUACGUCGUCCAAGAAGCCAUUGUGGUGAUCAAGGACAUUUUCCGCAAGUACCCCAACAAGUACGAGAGCAUCAUCUCCACCCUGUGCGAGAACCUGGACACGCUGGACGAGCCUGAAGCGCGAGCCUCUAUGAUCUGGAUUAUCGGCGAGUACGCAGAGCGAAUUGACAACGCUGACGAGCUGCUGGAGAGUUUCCUGGAGGGUUUCCACGACGAGAACAGCCAGGUGCAGCUUCAGCUGCUCACAGCCAUUGUCAAGCUCUUCCUCAAACGGCCGUCCGAUACACAGGAGCUCGUGCAGCAGGUGCUGAGUCUGGCUACCCAGGACUCUGACAACCCGGACCUGCGCGACCGCGGCUUCAUCUACUGGCGUCUUCUGUCCACCGACCCGGCCGCCGCCAAGGAGGUGGUGCUGGCAGAGAAGCCGCUCAUCUCGGAGGAGACGGACCUGCUGGAGCCGACGCUGCUCGACGAGCUCGUCUGCCACAUCUCCAGUCUGGCGUCCGUCUACCACAAACCGCCCAGCGCCUUUGUCGAGGGUCGCAGCGCCGGUUUCCGCCGCGUGCCUCUGAAGCCGGACGGCUCGGCAGCGGCGGCGGCGGCGCCGGUCGAGGAGACGCCCCAGGCGACCGUCAUCCCGUCACAGGACUCACUGAUCGGUGACCUUCUCUCGCUGGACCUCAACCCGCCGGCCUCCCACACGGCUCCCGCGGCGACCAACGUGCCCUCCAACGUGGACCUGCUCGGCGGCGGCCUGGACGCCCUGACGUGGAUGGGCGGCGGCGUGCACAGCCCAGCCGAGGGGCAGUUCCUGUGCCACCUGCGUGACCCGCACACCCAUCGUCCUGCCCGUCCGCCGCUGCCGGCGCCGUCUGCUCAGUCGCCUCUGCCGGCGACCGCACAGUCGCUGCCGCGACGGACAUCGCCGCUACGGUCUCCUCUUACGGCUUCCGCCGCCGCUGCCGCCGUCAGCGGCCGUGUCACCAGUCCUAUCACUAACCUCGUCACCAGUGGAGUCACUAGUCACGCCACCAGUCCCGUCACCAGCGGGUUCACCGUGGCCGGCAUCUGCACCAACCCAUUCCUGGCCGGUUUCCUGGACGAAGACACCAUCCUGACGCUCGCCACGGAUGGCGAUGAGCUACUUCUGACUGACCACAGACCGCUGGGCGGCGACUCGAGCGGCAGCGCGCCGGCUCCGGCCGCCGGCGGAGGAAUGGCCGGAGGCACCUCGGCCGGCCUGCUGGGAGACAUCUUCGGCAUCACACCCACACCGUCCAACUACAUGCCUCCCAAGCAGGUGUGGUUGCCGGCCGCCAAGGGCAAGGGUCUGGAGGUGUCCGGCACCUUCUGUCGCAGGGCGGGACGGGUCAGCAUGGAGCUUACCCUGAGCAACCGAGCCAUGCAGCCCAUGUCCGGCUUCGCUCUGCAGAUGAACAAGAACAGCUUCGGCCUGGUGCCGGCCCAGCCCCUGCAGGUACCCAUGCCGGUCCAGCCGAACCAGAGCACUGACGUGUCGCUGCCGCUGGAAAACAACGGACCCGUCCAGCGCAUGGAGCCCAUCACUAACCUGCAGGUGGCCAUCAAGAACAACAUCGACGUGAUGUACUUUGCCUGCCUGGUGCCGGCUCACGUCUUCUUCGGGGAGGACGGCAUGAUGGACAAGCGCGUCUUCCUGGCCACGUGGAAGGAGAUCCCGGCGCAGAACGAGAUGCAGUUCACCAUCGCCAACCUGGCCAUGACGGCAGACGCCAUCUCGGCCAAGCUGCAGAAGGAGAACGUGUUCACGAUUGCCAAGCGGAACGUCGAGGGCCAGGACAUGCUGUACCUCUCCAUCAAGUUCAUCAACGGCCUGUGGGCGCUGCUGGAGAUCAAGGUGGCUCCGGGCUCGUCCAACAUCACGCUGGCCAUCAAGUGCCGCACGUGCGAAAUUGCUCCGGACAUCAGCAACAGUGUUGAGGCCAUUCUGCGCGCCUGAAUGGCCCCCAAGACCCCGGCGCCGGCGCUGUUGCCGGCCGCGCCGCUACCCGGCGCUCCGGUGCUGCCGGCCGCGGCGCGGUCCGGACCUCCGGUGCUGACAUCGUGUCGUAAUUUGUUGGUCGCGGUUAUGUUAUCUCCUCUGUGAGUAUGUGAAGACGAAGAGAACAUUCCUGCGUUAGCCCCAUUUGGUGAAAGCGCUGCAGAAAACGGAACUGAAAUCUGAACCGCUCUCUCGGAAGAGGCUAGGCUGAGUGUUAGAGUUAUUUAUCAUGCAGGGCGUCGCUGGUAGCCAACCGAUUAUAUUGUUUAACGCGAGCAUAUGUGAACGUUACACAGUGAGCGGGCUCAUUUAUAGGCGGAAUGGUGGCUUGAAUUUGCUUUAUACAUUAGAAUGAGCUGGCUAAGUUCGGUGGUGUAUUCUGUAACCCGCACGGCGUCUGUAUCUGUCCGACUCUGUAUUAUCUGUUCCCUGUAUACGCGCAGAGGACGCCGGUGCGGGCGGCCCGUCCACCGUUUGGCGAUAUUCGUGUGUCCGAGCUGCCGCUUGUGAUCCAUGUAGUCAAAGGGCCACCGUCUGCGGGAGCCUAACUGGUCGUUGCUGUUCCAGCCCGACGUUCUUUGAUCACCAACCACUGCUGAUGUGUCCCGCAUGGAUGAUUGCACGCGAAAGCCGCCGAGCCGGCGCCGCCGUUCCGAAGCGGCUGUCACCCGUGCCGGUGGUCGGGCGAGCCGCCCGUUCCGGCCGGUCUCUGUGCGAUUUCUCGGCCGUCAAUGUCCAAUAGACCGGAGCAGAGCU